AUGCCAUCUGUCUAUCUAUCUAUUUAUGACUCUAUUGAUAUCUAUCUAUCUAUCUAUCUAUCUAUGACUCUAUUCAUAUCUAUCUAUCUAUUUAUGACUCUAUUCAUAUCUAUCUAUCUAUCUAUCUAUCUAUUUAUGACUCUAUUCAUAUCUAUCUAUCUACCUAUCUAUCUAUUUAUUCAUGACUCUAUUCAUAUCUAUCUAUCUGUCCUGUGGAUACCAAGUGACAGCAACUGUUUCCUGAAUCACACUAUUCUCUUCUGUUAUCUAUCUAUCUAUCUAUCUAUCUAUCUAUCUAUCUAUCUAUCUAUCUAUCUCAAUCUGUGUAUAGCUAUCGAUCGAUAUCAGUCUGUUCAUAUCUAUCUAUCUCAGCUUUUUGUUGAUUAUCUAUCUAUCUAUCUAUCUAUCUAUCUAUCUAUCUAUCUAUCUAUCUAUCUAUCUAUCUAUCUAUCUCAGUCUGUUCAUUAUCUAUCUAUCUAUCUCAGUCUGUUCAUAUCUAUCUCUCAAUCUGUUCAUAUCUAUAUAUCUCAGCCUGUCGAUAUCUAUCUAUCUAUCUAUCUAUCUAUCUAUCUAUCUAUCUAUCUAUCUAUCUAUCUAUCUCUGUUCAUAACUAUCUAUCUCAGUCCUCUGUUAAUAUCUAUCUAUCUAUCUAUCUAUCUAUCUAUCUUGCUAAGUUUGUCAGUCUGUCGAUAUCUAUCUAUCUAUCUAUCUAUCUAUCUAUCUAUCUAUCUAUCUAUCUAUCUAUCUAAGCCUUAA